GUUAUUUUAUUAUUUAUUAUACCUCCUUUCUACGUCUUACGUCACCACGUUAAAGCGGAAGCAGACACGUGUGGGUGAAGAAGGGAAUCACCACGCAUGUUGAGAGGACACUGCUUGUUCUCAGGACCAGAAGCUAAACCCUUCCACCCCCUUCUACGUCAUCAUGGCCGUCAGAGCGUCGUUUGAGAAAAACAACGAGAUCGGCUGCUUCGCCAAAUUGACCAACACCUACUGCCUCGUGGCCGUGGGGGGCUCGGAGAACUUCUACAGUGUGUUCGAGGGGGAGCUUUCAGAAACCAUCCCCGUGGUCCAUGCUUCCAUUGCUGGCUGUCGCAUCAUCGGGAGGAUGUGUGUGGGUAACCGCCACGGCCUCAUGGUGCCAAACAACACCACCGACCAGGAGCUGCAGCACAUCAAGAACUGCCUGCCGGACGCCGUGAGGAUCCAGCGGGUGGAGGAGAGGCUCUCCGCCCUCGGCAACGUGAUCGCCUGCAACGACUACGUGGCGCUUGUCCACCCCGACCUCGACCGGGAGACAGAGGAGAUCCUGGCAGACACCAUGAAGGUGGAGGUGUUCCGUCAGACGGUGGCGGAGCAGGUCCUCGUCGGCUCUUACUGCGCAUUCAGCAACCAGGGCGGCCUCGUCCACCCCAAGACGUCCAUAGAGGACCAGGACGAGCUGUCGUCUCUGCUGCAGGUCCCCCUGGUGGCCGGCACGGUGAACCGGGGAAGCGAAGUCAUCGCGGGGGGGAUGGUGGUCAACGACUGGUGCGCCUUCUGCGGUCUGGACACCACCAGCACGGAGCUGUCUGUCAUCGAGAGCGUGUUCAGGCUCGGCGACUCGGCGCAGCCCUCCGCCAUCGCCACCAGCAUGAGGGACUCUCUGAUCGACAGCAUGGCUUGAACCAACACUUUCGACGGAGCUCAGCUGCGGAUCACGUUCCCCUCCAGACUGCGCCCCCCCAUCGUUUUGUCUUUUUUUUAUUUGUAGCGUUUGGUUUAAACCAGAUGGGUAGAAAUACAUUUUCUUCAGUUAGGAGAGAAGUGGUAAGAAUACAGUUUAUUUCUGUGCCUCCGUCAGUCGUCUGGAUGCUUUCACGCUAAACAGGAACUUAAAGAAGCAUGAUUUUCAAACUGCAUCACUGGCUGUUUCUGACAUAUAAAGAAUUUAACUCCAGAUCAGUUGGGAGGCGCCGGCCAAUCUUAGAGGAAGAGACGUCACUAACCCACAGGUGGAGUGGCCUGUCAGUGAACAUACACCAGCAGGUUGGAUGAACUUAAAAAAAAAAAAAAAAAGUUUGUAAAAUAAAGCACCUGGUUUUUAUCUGUGUUCUUGUGAGUCUCUUUGGUUCUCUGCCCAGCAUACGUCACAAGAAGUACAUUGUACCUUCAACUUAUGAUUCAGCCUUUAGGACUAUGACCUGCAAGUAUUUUGCAUACAACAUUUCACUGGUCUUAAGUUUCACCUGCUGGUGAGUAGAGGAUGCCAUCUAAUAAAAUUAAAAAAAACUUCAAAGACAGUUUAAAGGCAACUUUUUUCAUUUAUUGGCAAAUGCUUUGAAUGUUGCAGAAAUGCAUCUAUAUUCAUUUAUGUACACACACCCCUCUAAAUAGCUUGAUUAUAUGCAGAUAUAUUUUAUAUUGUUUGGUUUGUCGGGUAAACUUCUAAAAUGACUUAAAACAAACAAUACAAUUUUUUUCUAUGGCAUGAAAUCAAUUAACAUUUAUAAUAAAAACAUGCAGGUUUGUAGUACACUCAACCUUCUGUCUUUAAAGUGUCCGACACAUGGAUACAAAAGAAUCAUUGUUUUGUAGUUACAGUAACUCCUAAAAAGAACCUAUGCCACUCGUAUUUAUCAACUUGUGUGCAAAAGAAGCUUGUUCAUUCUAAACAUUUAAUACAUUGUUUUCACUUCUGAUGUUGGUCUGUGCUACGGUGAAAACUACCAAAAUAAUAAAACCUCUGCUGACUUGUCCUGCACAGCCAGAGUUCACUGUGAUGUUUUUAUGAGCCUGUCACAUUCUGAUUUGCUUUUGACUCUUAAUGUUUCUCUUAAAGGGGCAGCGUGACUAGAGGAGUCCCCUGGGACAUCUUAAACUGAACUCGUUCUCUAUGUUAAAGAUAUUUGUGAAGCUAAUGGAACUAAAGUGGCCUGUGAGCAGCUAAAAGUCACACAAAAGCUCCUGAGGUUUUUUGUGUGGUUUGUCCGCUCUGGGCCACCGUAGCAACACGCAGGAAGCCGUGAAGAAGAGAUGUAGUUAUUAACCGACCGCUCUGCAGAAACCACCGCCUGGCCUUUAAGAAACUUAAGGAUAUUGCACAUGUAAAAUUAGUUUAACAGUCGGUUUUUCAGAUGACGUGUACAUGAAUGACUCAAACUACGUGAUCUAAACUAAAGAAUUUAAAAGAAAAAGUGAGUUAAAAAAAAAAAAAAGAAGCAACAA